CAUGGCAACUGAGGAGCUGUCGUAAAGCAGAAGGGGCGGCUCGACCCCGGCGUCGAUGCGUUUGUCAUUGGAAGCGGCAGACGCGGCGGCGGCGCGGCUGGUGGAGGCGCGCUCUGUUUUUCCCCUUCCGCCGCUCCUUCCCAGCCGUUCUCCGCCAUGGCGGCGGCGUUGGCCCGCAAGGCCGCUGACUAUGUGCGAAGCAAGGACUUCAGGGAUUACCUCAUGAGUACGCACUUUUGGGGUCCAGUGGCCAACUGGGGACUGCCUAUUGCUGCUAUCAAUGACAUGAAGAAAUCGCCAGAGAUCAUCAGUGGCCGAAUGACAUUUGCACUUUGCUGUUAUUCAUUGACUUUCAUGAGGUUUGCAUACAAGGUGCAGCCCAGGAACUGGUUGCUGUUUGCUUGUCACUUUACUAAUGAGUUCGCACAACUUAUCCAAGGUGGAAGAUUGAUCAAAUUCAACCUGGAAAAAAAGAAUUGAGCAUUUUUUUAACAAGGAAAAAUGGAAAAGGUGCUCUUCUUCACAGAUUACAAGCAAGGAAGGUCUUUGCCAUUUACAGUUGCUGUGUCUAAUAUUUUUGCAUCACCAUAAAAACAUUCAUGCCCACAUUCAGUGCCAUCCAUUCAUUAUAUCUUAUUGCCUGCCUUUUAAAAAGUAAUACAUAGCAGCUGAAAACAUUACAUCAAACACUAUGCUGCCUUAUAAUGUACUACAUUUUUAUAUGUAUGAAAUUGUUCAGUUCAUACACACAUACACACUCUCUUCAGAGGUAUAAGAACUGUUAAUUAAAAACUGCAAAAAAAAACAGGCACUGACCUAAUUUGUGCAAUUUGAUUUUUACAAAUUUAGCGAUGGGUGUUUAGCAGUCAAGCGCACAAAUGUACUCCAUAAAAUAGUACUUGCAUUCAGGAACACUCAUUACUGACUGUUUUUUACAGUUAAAUUGUAUGUUGGGCCUCCACAUCGGCAAUGCAAUGCAGACUGAAAGCAGGUACUUAUUAAUUGCUCUCAGGUUGCUAAUUUGAACAUUGUAUUUCUGCUCACUUAACCUAUUACUAAAAGUAAGAAAUUCCCCCCACCCUAAAAAGAGAAAUAAACUUAAGAACAGCAAUGGAAGUUCCUCAUGAUUUAUGGACUGGUUCAAACAAACUACCUAUCCUGCUUCAGGUCUAUUUAGACAUCUACACUUUGGACGUAAGAACUUAAUGUUUUCACAGAGCCUACUUUUGUAUAUUCCAACAUUUUGGCUGAAGUAUGGGGUAAUUUAUUUGAUCUUAUAUGGGUUAAUAGCACAGUUUGGAGCUUUGUGCAAGAGAAUUCUUGCAUGUACGCACUCUGCAAAAGAUACAUCCAGUGCCUAGACGUCCUAUGGCCUGUGGCCAAGUGUGACCAGUAAGCAAAGUGAGUGCAGACCUACAUCUCAUUGCGUGUAGGCUGUGUCAUCGGUAGUAGUUUAUUUGAAAUGUCCCAUUAGUUACAAACACUCUGAAUGUUGUAGAUAUUAAGUUUGUGUGAAUGUGCUAAUUUCACAUUAUUUAUCUCUAAGUUGUUGCUAGAGUCUUCUUGUAAAACUAUUUAACAUAAAAAAGCAUCCACAGAUAUAAAUGAAGACUUCUGGACAGAAAGAGCUGAAGAAUACUUUAUGUCUAACUUGAUAGUUCUAGCAGAUCAAUGUUCUAAUCACUUCCUUCUCAUCCACUUGUGACAUUUAUCAGCAAAUGUAAAGCACUAUAUACAGAUCGUAUUUAACAAAUUUAUUUUUAGUGCAACAACUUUGGGGCAGUAAAGUUUUCCAAUGGGAGAAGUUAUAAUUUGAAAGUUUUAAUCUACCUAAUGGCAAUAAACUAUUGUGAGGGAAUUUUGUAAUGACUGUUUUCAACAAUAUUAAUUAAAAGUGGUACUUAGCUUGUGUUACUGGAUUGUACAAAAGAAGAUACCAUUUAUGGAAUAUCUAUGAUGGAUGGGACUUCUCAUGUAUGAAGUUCACUUCUGUUGUAAUGACAUCCAAGCUAAUGAAUACGUUGGUAAAAACAUA